AUGUUCGCAAUAUCCUCACAUCAAGGCAUGUCUGCGAAGGCUGUUAGCGAGCUUUCGGGUAAAGAGCUACUUUAUCGACAUUUCGAGUCAAGUGGCUUAAUUGAUGCUCCCCUUGCUAUCCGUUUAUCUGCUGGUGAUGACUUCGACGCUGUGGUGAAGAAGUCGCAAUGGUUUGAUAAUGCUCAGAAAGCUGUCAUUAAACCCGAUCAGCUGAUAAAAAGACGUGGAAAGCAUGGAUUAGUCAAGUGUGGAUCGAAGGACGAAAUCAAAAAAUGGUUCCAAGAAAAAUGUGGGACUAGUGUGAAGGUUGGCAAAACGACAGGACGUCUUCACACAUUCAUAGUGGAGCCAUUCUGCGAGCACACCGACGCAGAUGAGCUGUACAUUGCAAUCCUUAGUCAGCGACAUAACGAUGUUAUUAUGUUUUAUGAGCACGGCGGUGUCGACGUUGGAGACGUCGAUCAAAAGGCGCGUUCAAUAGAAAUUCCUGUUUCCUUAAGUGAAAAUGAGAUGAUGCCUACAGCACCUCAAUUAGCGGAGCUGAUCGGUGAUCUUGGCGAUCGAACUGCCACUGUGAGAGAUUUCAUCAUUUCGAUCUAUGGUGCCUAUAAAACACUCCACUUCACUUAUCUUGAAAUUAAUCCUCUUGUUAUAAAAAAUGGAAAAGUAUAUAUCCUUGAUCUCGCCGCUAAACUGGACGAAACCGCUAACUUUUUGUGCGCGGAUAGAUGGAAGACAAGGUCGGGUUCUUCUGUCGAAUUCCCGGCUCCUUUUGGACGUGACCUUACCAAAGAGGAAGCAUACAUUGCUGAUCUCGACUCCAAAACGGGGGCUUCUUUGAAGUUGACCAUCUUGAAUAGAAAGGGACGAAUAUGGACAAUGGUUGCCGGUGGUGGAGCCUCAGUUGUAUACGCAGAUACCGUAUGUGACCUCGGAGGUGCAGGUGAAUUGGCCAAUUACGGUGAAUAUUCUGGAGAUCCAUCUGAGACUCAAACGUUUGAGUAUGCCAAGACUCUCUUGUCUGUGAUGACGGAAGGAUCCCCACAUCCGCAAGGCAAAGUACUGAUCAUUGGAGGAUCCAUCGCAAACUUCACAAAUGUCGCAAAAACAUUUGGUGGUAUUGUUCGCGCUUUCGAGGUUUUCAUCGAGCGUUUACAUGAACAUAAGGUGACCAUCUAUGUGCGUCGCGGUGGGCCAAACUACCAAGAAGGGCUGCGCAAAAUCAAGGAAGCCGCGUCAAAACUUGAUCUGCCGAUACACGUCUUUGGUCCUGAAACUCAUAUGACAUCUAUUGUCGGGCCUGCACUUGGAAUCAGCGAACUGCCAGCUGUACCUCAUGCUCCACAAACUACCGGGCAGUUCUUGCUCAGUCCGGAAAGGAAUACGGCUGGAGCUGUACGAAUCCCCGAAGCUGAUCCAUCGUCUGGUGACGUUGCUGCACAAAUGGACAAUGACGAAGACGCGCAUAAAGUCUACGACAGUUUGUUCGAGAGGAAUACCAAAGCAAUUGUAUGGGGACAGCAGCAAAAAGCUAUCCAGGGCAUGUUAGACUUUGACUAUGUUUGUCGUCGUAAGGAGCCGUCUGUCGUGGCAUCGACAUACCCAUUUACUGGCGAUAACAAGCAGAAAUACUAUUUUGGGCAACGAGAAAUUCUAAUUCCCGCUUACAAAUCCAUGGCCAAAGCUUUUGCCACCCAUCCAGAAGCCAGCGUUAUGGUUACAUUCGCUUCGCUUCGGUCUGUAUAUGAGACUGUGCUAGAAGCUCUUCAAGUUCCACAGAUACGAGUCAUAGCUAUCAUUGCUGAAGGUGUACCCGAAAAUCAGACCAGGAAGUUGAUCAAGAUGGCUGGCGAGAGAGGGGUCACCUUGAUUGGUCCCGCUACAGUGGGAGGAAUAAAGCCAGGUUGCUUCAAGAUCGGUAACACUGGAGGAAUGAUGGAUAAUAUCUUAUCAUCCAAGUUGUAUCGUCCAGGAAGCGUUGCGUACGUCUCUAGAAGUGGUGGACUGUCGAAUGAGCUGAACAACAUCAUUGGUUCAAAUUCUGAUGGCGUCUUUGAGGGUAUUGCGAUUGGAGGUGACCGUUAUCCAGGAUCCACGUAUACCGAGCACAUAUUGCGUUAUCAGAACGACGACAGGGUGAAGAUGAUCGUUCUUCUUGGAGAAGUUGGUGGUAUCGAAGAAUAUAAGAUCGUUGAUGCAUUGAAAGAGGGAAUAAUCACAAAGCCCCUUGUUGCUUGGUGCAUUGGAACAUGCGCUGAUCAGAUCACCUCUGAGGUGCAAUUCGGUCAUGCUGGCGCUUCAGCUAAUGCCCAGCGCGAGACCGCUGUCGCCAAGAACGCAGCUUUGAAAGCGGCUGGAGCCUAUGUCCCUCAUUCAUUCGAUGAUUUAGGCAAGUUGAUCAAGAAGACAUUCGACGACUUGGUAGCUAAGGGAGUCGUGAAAUUGAAGAAAGAGAUUCCUCCUCCAGCUGUACCUAUGGAUUAUGCAUGGGCAAGAGAGCUUGGGCUCAUCAGGAAGCCAGCGUCUUUCAUGACUUCAAUUUGUGAUGAACGAGGCGAAGAACUUCUUUACGCAGGAGUUCCAAUCACCAAGGUCCUUCAGCAAGACAUAGGGAUCGGUGGAGUACUCGGAUUGUUGUGGUUCCAGAAACGCUUGCCAGAUUAUGCUAACAAGUUUAUUGAAAUAUGCCUGAUGAUAACUGCCGACCAUGGUCCAGCUGUCUCUGGUGCACAUAACACAAUAGUGUGCGCAAGAGCUGGCAAAGAUCUCAUAUCUUCUUUGGUUUCUGGUCUUCUUACCAUUGGAGAUCGUUUUGGUGGAGCAUUGGAUGGAGCUGCUCGUCAAUUUUCGGAAGCUCUUGACAAAGGGUGGAGUCCGAUGCAGUUUGUGAAUGAGAUGCGAAAACAGGGAAAGCAUAUUAUGGGUAUUGGACAUCGCGUAAAGUCGAUAAACAAUCCCGACAAGCGAGUAGAGAUUUUGAAAAGUUUUGCACUAGACCGUAACCAGUUCAAGCAGGAGACACCUCUUCUUGACUAUGCUUUGCUGGUAGAGAAGAUCACAACUGCAAAGAAGCCUAAUCUUAUCCUGAAUGUCGAUGGAGCCAUUGGAAUUAUCUUUGUGGAUAUUUUGCGUCACUCUGGAAUGUUCACACCUGCAGAAGCACAAGAGACCAUCGAAAUCGGGGCCCUCAACGGACUAUUUGUGCUUGGUCGCAGUCUUGGCUUCAUCGGUCAUUACCUGGAUCAGCGUCGUUUGAAGCAAGGACUGUACCGUCAUCCUUGGGAUGAUAUCUCAUACAUUAUGCCUGAACGAGACUUGUGAAAGCUCAAUGUACAUGUGGGAAAACUGAAUUCUUUCAUGCAUCUCAUAGUAAUUUAUUGUUUUAUCCGCAUUUAUGAAAGAGUUGUUAGUCAUUUAUUUACCAAAUUCUCGUGAUGUACAUAACAGGUUAGCGUCAGAGUUGUCAUCUCUGUUGUUGAAGUUAAAUAUAAAUGUUGCAAUAUUUUAUGUGUGUAGUAC